GUGACCAGGAGUCGACGUGUGCAGAAGUCCUUAUAGUCGGGGCCUGUUUCUCGGUAGCCGUUCCUUAUUGCUGGAGGAGUAAAGUGACCCGGGUCCUUUCAGGACUCUUGGUCUUUGGGGAGCUACACAAAUCGAGUGAGGGAAGAAGGAUAAAGAUUUCCUGGAUCCCUGCAGGGUUAAUUUAUUUGAAAAGGACAUAAGAAAAAUAUCAACAUGCAAAAGUCUUCUGAAGAAAAUGAAGGAAAACCACAGAACAUGCCAAAGGCUGAGGAAGACCACCCUUCAGAACAUGUACCACAGGAGGCAGAAGGAAAUCCUCAAUCUUCUGAAGAAGGUGUAAGCCAGGAAGCAGAAGGAAACCUUAGAAACGGGCUGACUCAACCUGUCCAGGGAUUUAAAGAGGACAGUCCCGUUAGGCAUUUGGACCCUGAAGAAAUGCUAAGAGGAGUAGAUGAGUUGGAAAGGCUUAGGGAAGAAAUAAGAAGAGUAAGAAACAAGUUUGUGAUGAUGCAUUGGAAGCAAAGACAUUCACGCAGACGUCCUUAUCCUGUGUGCUUUAGGCCUUGAAUUCUAAUUUUUUUUUAUCUGAUAGUAAAAUCUGGCCACUGCUUUCUUUCUGUUAGCAUUUCCUAAUGUAUCUUUUACCUUCGUUUUACCUUUAAUCAUCUGGUGGAAUUUUGUUUUAAGUAGUUUCGUUGUUAUCAGCAUCUUACUGGAUUUUGUAUUUUGACCCAUUCUCCAGGUCUAUUUUUCAGUUGGGAAGUUUCACACAAAUGCAUGGAAAUAUGUUCAACCCAUAUUAUAAAAUAAAACGUAACAAGUUACAAAGCAGCAUAUUUUGUAUAAGCUCACAUUAUGUAGGAUAAAAAUCCCAAAUUGUGUGUGUGCGUGUGUGUAUAUACAUUCAUACAUACAUCAAAAACUUAACUGCUUAUUUCCGUGUGGUGUGAGUUUGCUUUCUGCUUAUAUGUAAUUUUUAAUGAACAAGUGUCACAAUUAAAAUUUUUUAAAUAAGAGAAUCAAGUAAUUUGCAACCAGCUUAGAAGGGCAGUGGGGGCACCUAAACCCUUGAUGAAAUAACUAUUAAAAUGUAAACCUCCAAUCAUUUCUGGAUCUCUUAGCCAGAGGAAUAAAACUGGCAAU